UAUUUAGUGCAAAAAAAAGAGAUGGAUUGGGGGAAAAAAACUGUUUCUCUGUGUGGUUGAAACAUGACACUUUCUGGGCUGUAGUUUCUGUGAGCUGAAAGGGUGAGCAGAUAGAAAGCUGGGUGUCAGUGCCCACCUUCACUCCCAAGGUGAACGUCCCUCUAGACUGCUGCUUGACUGGCUGGGAACUUUAACUUUGAGAAGUUCUGCAGUUACUUGGCGAUCAUGAACAUCCUACAAGUCCUGGGUCUCCUCCAGCUGUUGGCUGUACCUGCUUUUACUCUGACACAGCCAAGGAGUGACUACUGGGGAGAAUAUGGAGCCUAUGGGCCCUGCAGCCGCUCCUGCGGCACAGGAGUGGCAAUGAGAAGCAGGAAAUGUAUCACCUCAAGGACAGAUGGAGGUCAUAACUGCUUAGGAUCCUCCAAAUCCUAUCUCACCUGUAAUACACAGGCAUGUCCAGUUGGAUCCAGAGACUUCAGAGAGGAGCAGUGCUCCCAGUUUGACAGAACUGACUUUCAGAGUAAACAGCACUCCUGGGUGCCUUAUUAUGGAGCAACAAAUCCCUGUGAGCUCCAAUGUGUCCCAAGAGGAGCAAACUUUUUCUACCGGCACAGACCUGCAGUUGUGGAUGGGACACCAUGCUACGUGGGCCGCACUGACAUCUGUGUGGACGGCGUCUGCAGGGUGCUGGUCCAUGGAGAGUUUAUGGGCUUGGAUGAAGACACUAACUCAGUGCACUCUGCUACCCCUGUUGCUCCUCACCCAAGGGACACACUCUCAUACCACUACAAAACUGGUGUGUAUGGCGAGUGCUCUGCCGCCUGCGGUGGGGGCAUGCAGUACCGGAGUUUGGAGUGUUGGGUUCAGGAUCGAUCCAACCCCCGUGUGGUGGAAGAAUCUUACUGCAUCACCCAACGCCUGCAGAGGCCACAGAGCCAGCAGGCCUGCAACAUGCAGGCCUGUGCUGCUGAGUACAGCGUCUCCAGCUACAGUGUGUGCUCCGUGACUUGUGGGGAAGGCCAGCAGACAAGGGAGGUGUUCUGUGUGGGGUCAAGAGGUGAACGUCUCUCUGAGAGCGCCUGUAGUGGAGCAGCAAGACCUGCAUCUGCCAGGGCCUGCCGCAGACCCGCCUGUCACACGCACAUCACCUGGCACGUGACCGACUAUGGACUGUGCACUAGAAGCUGUGGUGGUGGUGUGAGGGAGAGGAGAGUGGACUGUUUUGAUACAGACUUGAACCCCUACCCAGAGGCCCGCUGUGGGGUAGCUAGCAGACCUGUCUCUGUGGAGUCAUGCAAUUCACAGGCCUGCCCCGGUGCACAGAUGGUUCCCAGUGUGCAGGACCCAAGAGCACAUGAGACCACUAUUAGAGGUUUUGUGCCCCAUGUUCCUGGAGAACCCUACGCUUCCAGGCCAAACACAAACAUUGCCUUUGAGCCUCAGCCUGCUGUGAUUAGUCCUUACUGUGGGCAGUCAUUCCAUGGCUGCUGUCCUGACGGUCACACCUCCGCCACAGGGCCCCAUGGCGAGGGCUGCUCCCAAGAUGACUGUGUCCGCAGCAGAUUUGGGUGUUGUUUGGAUGGUGUGACUCAAGCUCAAGGAUUUGGAAGAGCUGGAUGUCCUGAGUACCAGACACCAAUGCAGUAUCCAUCUGCUCCUGUCCCCCCAUCCACUGGUAAUACGUGCCUUCUUCCUCGUGAUGAAGGCCCCUGUGACACAUGGAAGGUCCGUUUCUACUAUGACUCAACGAUGGGUAAAUGUACUGAGUUCUGGUUUGGAAGCUGCCAGGGCAAUGGCAACAACUUCAUGAACCUGGAAGCAUGCCAGAGAGAGUGUGGGAGCACAGUGAGGGAGACCCCACCCUCACCUCGCAGAGCGACCCCCAGGAGAGGGCCACCCAGGGAUGCCCUGAGGGCAAGAGCAUAACCAUGUCAUUCUUUAUAGCCUACAAAUCAUAAAAAAAUAAUAGAGUGCCAUCUCUAUGAAGUUAGAUUUUUGUACACAUAUGAUAUGUUCAUACAUGAGGACACACAGUAACAUGUAAUGAAAAACUUUCCAUGUACCUUUUCAUUAAAACAUAGGAAUUUACAUCAAAGAGGAUGUAGACCACCUCACAUUUUACCUGACAGCUCAUGGUUCUGUCUUUGAUCCUGGUUUUAGUAUCUUUUUGAUCCCUCUUUUGUUUUAUUUUUGAUGCUUGGUUUAUUCGUUUAUGUUUGAUCUGAUUAAUCAGGGUCAAAAUAAAAUAUUACCAGAGUUAUUGUUCAAGCAAAUUCA